GAUUCAGUCGGUAUACGGAUUCUUUUCACGUAGCCGUGAUUGAGAAUACAGACUCCGGAGUACGCACCAUGCGUAAGAAUUGGCCGUAAAAUAGGUGCUGGAUGGUGGAAGCAGUGUUCGGGGCUGGCUGUGCGGGCUCUGCAUGACCGUCCGGGAGCCGAAAACAGCGAGAAAACCCAACCCAGCUGCUGUGCAUGGAACAGUGAGCGGAGCCGGGGAGAGUCCGGAUGAUGGACGGCUGUGUUUAUGUUGUCGUUCAGCUUAAAAACCGCGUCCUGACAGACGGAUGACAGAAUUCCAGCAGCAGCACCGGGAGAAAACUUCAGCGCCCGCAGUGAGGCGGUGAGAGCAGCGGGGAGGCGACAAAACGGAGCAGAGGAGCGGCUCACUCAGGAGAGGAGCUCAGAAAUGACUCAGUGACGCCGAGAGAGAGAGAGAGAGAGAGAAGGAGAGAGAGAGAGAGAGAGCGCAGAAAACUGCGUCGCUUUAGGGUGCGUGCUCGCGCUCUCUCUCUCGGUUCCUGCGCCUCGAGCUGAGCAGCCCGUCCGGUUCCGACUGCCUGCGCGCUUAUGCAAGUAAACAACUGACCCGGCUCGGCUCGGCUCGGCUCCGGGGCGGAACGGAGCGUCGGGGAGAGAGGGAGACGGAUGGUCGGCCGGUCCUGCGUGCUCGAGUCCCCGGAUUCCCGCACAGUGAGGGUGCAGUGCGGGUGUCUGUCUGCGCACUCCGACAUCCGCCUCGCCAGCUCAUAUUCAUCUGUUCUGUUGUUGUUGUUGUUGUUGUGUUAAACCGGGACGCAUGACCUGAUGAACUGCUGGUGCGCCUGGCAUCUGAACGAGGGAAUAAAAAACAAACCACCCUGCGACUUUCCCCUCAUUUCCCCGCCUGAACAGACCCGCGGGACGCAGCUGGAGCUGCCUAUCUGCGAACAUUGCGUAAGGCUGCAGCGUAGGCUACGAUUUCUCCCUUUCCUCACUGUCGCUUUCUAUCUUUAACACAUCGGGUGACAUUGCAGUCUGUGAGAAAUUGGAAAUCCUCCCCCUCCCCCCUCUUUUUUUUUUAACAAUUUUUACGUAGACUGACUACGUUUGAAAAAGGAGGAGGAGAGAGAAAAGAAGAAACAUUAAAAAUAAAUAAAUAACUAACAUAAAGCGGUGAAGGUGGAGCGUCGUGCGUCGUACGUGGUGACGCAGUGGGAUUUUUACGCGUGGUCGGCGUUUGGCCCCGCCCUUCCCGCCGUGACGGCGAUGGGUCGGAAGCGGUGUGUCGGUGCAGAUUGUUCGAAGAUGGCGGCCGGCUGCUGCGGGGUGAAGAAGCAGAAGUUGUCGGGAUCCCCCGGCUCAGGGGGUCCCGGCGGGGCGGGCAGCGGCGGCGGGGUUGCAGCCGGGACCGGGCACUGCGGAUCGGACUUGGGGAUCGGGUCUUCAUCGUCGACGGUCGUGGCCGGAAGCGUGAACCGAGUGAACGGCCUCGGGGGUCCGGGGGGCAGCGGGAGCUGUAGUGUUAGCAGCAGUAAUAAUAAUAGCAGCGGUGGAGGUGGAUGCGGCGGUAGCAGCGGUGGGAACAGCAACAACACAACCACCGCUCUGUCUCCGACUCCAGGAGGCUACAGCUCCAGCACCGGCCUCUCCCCGAACCUCAGUCCGGGACCGGGCUCAGGCUCAGCCAGGAAGAUGGUGGUCUCGGCGGAGAUGUGUUGCUUCUGUUUCGACGUGCUUUAUUGCCAUCUUUACGGUUACCAGCCUCCCCGAACACCCAGGUUUACAAACGACCCCUAUCCACUGUUUGUCACUUGGAAAAUCGGCCGGGACAAGCGGUUGAGGGGUUGUAUAGGUACAUUUUCUGCCAUGAACCUGCACUCAGGACUCAGGGAGUACACCCUUACCAGUGCCCUUAAAGACAGCCGCUUUCCCCCGAUGACGAGGGAAGAGCUGCCGCGCCUCUUCUGCUCAGUAUCUCUGCUCACCAACUUUGAGGAUGUUGGUGAUUAUCUAGACUGGGAGGUGGGUGUUCACGGCAUUAGGAUAGAAUUUUUCAAUGAAAAAGGAUCAAAGCGCACCGCCACCUAUCUGCCAGAGGUUGCAAAGGAGCAAGGAUGGGACCACAUUCAAACCAUAGAUUCCUUACUUCGAAAGGGAGGUUAUAAAGCUCCCAUCACAAACGACUUCAGGAAGACCAUCAAACUGACCAGGUACCGUAGCGAAAAGCUGACGAUGAGCUACGCGGAGUACAUCGCCCAUCGCCAGCACCACCACUACCAGAACGGCAUCGGGCACCCUCUCCCCCCGUACAACCAUUAUUCCUGACAGCGAGCCGCAUGACCAGUCACUGGACCUCUCCGCGGACCUCUUCCCAGGAGAGCCCGCCCCCUCGUGGUCUAGCUAUCUCUACUACUGUACCAUUUUAUGAUGAUAGUUUCCGUUGCCAUGCCAGCACUCUGUUUCAGAUGGUGGCAUGGCAGCGGGUGGCAAAGAAGCAUCACGAUUAUGACGUGGAAAAAAAUUCAAAAAACUCAUUUAUUUUCUCCUUUUUAUCCUUUCUAUUAAUUUAGGUUUUUUUGCAGCAUAUAUAUAUAAAAAAAUAUAUAUAUAUAUUAAAAAAAUAUAUCGACAUAUAAGCCCAUUUUCCCUAUUUUUAAAAAAAAGCAAAUAAACAAGUACUACUUUUCUUUUUUGCAAAAAAACAAAAAAAAAAAAAAACCAACAACCCGAAUCAGGUUUUUUGAGUCUGUGGAUGGAAAAAAGUCAUAUAUUAACGAGGGGCUCGUCUCGCAGACAGGAGAGGUUUAUGUUUGCUAAGCUUUAGUUCGGGUGAACGCUACACGACUUUGACCUGGGUUACGAUAAGCGAUCGCGCUAACAAACACCUACGAUUUCACCGAGGGGGGAAAAAACUUAGGUUUUGGGGUUUUCUUUUUUUAAAGGACGUUGAUUUGAAAUGUUUUCACUUCGUCAGAGUAAUAGCUGAUCAGCUAACCUGAAGUUUACGUUCUCGAUCAGUUUGCGAGUAAAUUCUUCUGAUUGGCCGGCUUCAUAUUUUAGAAUUUGCAUAAAAUGAAAUGACUGACUUAUUUAUUUCGCUUUCUUUAUGGUUUUGGAAAGCGCUCCAAAACAAGUCUGAUCUUUCACAGUGCUGUGCUUCUCAGCUCUUCCUUUUAUGCAGAUUUGUGGGUGUGGUUAAACCUAAACGUGCUACGACUGUGAUUUAUGACUGACUGACUGCCGUUUUUAUCAACGUGAGGAGAAAAUUGCUGUCGGAGAAUCUUCCGUAACCGUGGCAAGAAUUUUUAGUUGGGUUUGGCCACGAAAAAACCCAACUCCCAAACGUUCGUGAAUAAUUGGUCAGUGACUCCUGGUGUCCUCGUGAUGACGACUACAUACCUGGUGUAAAAGUCGUGUAUCGUUCGCUCCAUUGCGUUAUAUGCUUUUAUCAUUUCUUAUUCAUUUUUACGUACGCCACGUAACGUACACGAAUCCAAAAUAUUUGUGAGGUGUGACUUGAAAUCGUGAAUAAUGUGGGAGGGGCUUCUGGGGUCGUGGUUUGUUUUGCUUUCUGACUAUAAAGUUCCUGUAAAGCCAGACAUGGAGUAGCUUUACAUAGUCUGUGUCUUUUUUAUUUUGUUAACUUUUAUUUUUUCUUCUUUCUUUUCCUGUGUGGUGUUAGAUGGGCGCAGAUGUUUGGACAAACUCGUAAGAAGAAACCGCUAGACUAAAUGAGUGAGUUUUUGGAAAAGUCAAAAUAUUUUCUUCAGUCCCAGAGAGAGAGAGAGCCACUCGUCACUUUGGCAGCGUUUCGAUGGCGUCACAUUUUGUUUAUUCGCACUGGCUCUGACGAACAGUUUCUGGGUCCCCCCCCCCCCCCCCCCCCCCCCCCCUUUUGUACGAAAAGCCGGAUCACGCUGUUCUGAACGGAGCUUCAUUCGAAAUCGGUUCUCCGUUCUGUUCAUGACAUUGCUUCAGGUUUUUGGUAUAGAAGGUACUCAAACUUUACAAACUGCAGAACUUUACAGUGUUGUUUCUCAGUGAGGGACCAGCCAGGAGGAGAUGAUGAUGAUGAUGAUGGGCUCUCUCAAUGUUGGAUGGUCAAUCUAGCAAAAAAACCACAAAAACAAAACUGGAAUCUUUGAGAAAUCCAAGAUUUCAUUCCCCUCCUACAGGACGCUGCUGUGUUUUCUUUCUUUUCACGCAGAGAGGAAAAAAACUUUGCAGAGACUUAGCUCAAACAACAGGGACGAGUGCUUAAAAAAAAAAAAAAAACCUAAAAGCCAUACUCUUCUUCAGGCAUUGCUUAAUGGUCAGGGUGGUGGUUUUGUUUUUCCUGAACUGGGAAUUUGUUUUCCGGAAGUUUUCAGUUGCUGACGCGUGCGUUUUUAUGAUCUGAUCCAAAUCUGAGUUGUUCCUGAUCAGGUGACGUAUUUGUGGAAAUGAAACCUCUUAAGACGUUACCUCACUUCAAGACGUUCACGCCAGUCCACCAUCAGCGCCACCAACGCCACACCUCACGAUGCUUGGCACAAGCAAUGUUUACAUCCAUAUCCAAACGCCACACAAUCCGACGCCGGUUGCCAUGACACAUCGGAUCGUUUGUGAAUCCUCAUGUCGAGCACAUUUGGCCAACCAUCGCGAAAACUCCUCCUCCUGACCUGUACGGCGUGGCGUUGCGACCGUAUCGUGUCUCUCAUGGUUUAUGUCAGGUAUAAAUCAUUUCCUCUACUUUUUCUUCUUCAUGCUGGAUGAAGAGAAGAUCCUCGCUGAGGUCUUUCACAAACAGACUGGAAUCUUGAGAGGUAGUUUUUUUGUUUUGUCCCCCCCGUAAUAAACUAAAGGGUGUGUGGUGUUGCGGAAAACGCAGGCUUUAUGAACGGGUCGAUCCUUGUGGCAUCGCAGGACCAAGCGUUUGAGAUUUCAGAACGUUUUUGUUUUUAAAAGCUGAGACACUUUUUCCACAAGAGGACUCUCUCUUUCUCUCUCUCUGCUUUCAUAUGCAAAAAAAAGUGUUAAGGGCUUUCAGUGUUCCAUCCACAGUCAUCUCCAGCUCCGUGAAAAGUAAAUACACCCUGAUUUCAGUUGUGUUGCCUUAUAAACGGAUCAGUAAACUGUCGGUCCUGAUCGUUCAGGCUGCUUUACUACGCCACGGGGAGUUUUCAUUUCCAGAAAAGAAAAAAAAACACUCGAGUGUUUAUUCAGAUCUCGUCCAUCUCGCGUCCGGUUCUCCGUUUUUAUUUUUCUGAACGCUUUAAGAACAUCUCCGUGAACAUCUCGCACAUGCCGAGCGAUCAGGCCGCCAUUUUGUGAUCCUCCACCGAGUACAGCACAAACUGGAUUUGAUUUUAUUUUUUUUUUUUUUUCUGCUGCAAAACAGUAGUUUUUUGGCAUACAUGAAUGAACGUAUUUAUGCACAUCUGCAAUACAUUUGUUGUGUGUGUUACAGAAGAUGUGUUGAAUGAGAGAGAGAGAGAGAGAAUGAACUAUAAAAUGGUGCUACUGGACCUCAUUUUUCUGGGGGGUUGAAGGUCACAGUUUAAAUGUGACUGGUCAUGCGGACUCAUCAGUCAUAUCAGACUUAUUCUUAUCCUCGAUAUAUGCAGAUCUGUUUUACAGGUGGUAUUGUUUGUGUUUUUUUUUUGUUGUUGUUGUUGUUGUUGUUCCUACCCGUGUAACAAACUGAAAUUUCCUGCAGGUUUGAAAGGACAAGGAGUCACGCGUCUAACCCCAUCCUUCCCCCAUGGCCUGGCAGAAAUACACGGUCAUAUACGUCUCAUCUCAUCACGUCUGUCGUACAGUAAACAGCCACGGCAGCCCUGAUACACACACACACACACACACACACACACACACACACACACGUGUACGUGAUGAUUAGUUAAACGCUGCUCUAAAAGACUUUGACGUCCGUUAUGAAGUGUUCCUGACUGAACUCACUCAUGCUGAAAGCUCGUAUGUUCUUCACGUUAAACAUCACACACAUUCAUCAAAGAAAGAAUGAAUCGGUUUCAUUAACGUUAGACGUUACGCUGCUUUGGUCCCAGUGCUGUCGGGCAGCCGAACAGCUGAAAAGUUCACAGGACUGGUGAAAAAUACUUGAAAGCAUCAUAGUCACUGAAGAGAUCAUCUGAUUCCUGAAUCUCACUUUGGAGAUCCGAUCUAAACGCCACUCGGUUUGAACAUUGAGCCAAAAAUCAAAUGAAACAAAACAGUUAUGAAACAUCACGUCACUCCGCCGCUGUUUGAGACUGAAGACCGUCACGCCGUUAAGUUUCCGUCGUCUCACGUUCUGCCCCGAGAGAAAAACCUUCACUCGUCUUUCCCGAAUCGGGUCGAUGUUUGUUUCAGAACCAGAUCGUCCACGCUGAGACACAUACAGGAAGCUCGUCUCCCGUUCAUCACGUUUAUUGUUUUCUCCUCCCUCGGAGUGUGAAGGCUCGCGUUUCCUUUGUGUGUUCGAUCGAACCAAAGAUGCCUCCAGCCAUGUCCUGAUGCUGCUCUCAGACCUGCCUUCCUGUCCUUCCAAAAAAAACCCUGCAAGAAAACUCGUCUGUUCUGUAUUUCAGUUUGUUUUUAAAAAUAUUUAGUUUUGUACAAUUUCUAACAUUGUUUGUUUGGGGUUUUUUUUCUUUGCCCCUCCCCCAUAACCUGACUUCAGUGGACCCUCACUGUGGCGGUGUUGGACGCCUCCUUGCUCGGUGUCGAUAACUGUAACACCGAACGGGUUACGUUUCUCUUCCUUUCCUUUUCUUGUUGUUCAUUAAUGUUGUAUGAUUGAUUGAUUGAUUGAUUGAUUGAUUUUUUGUUUGUUUUUUUUUUUUUUCUUUUUUUUUUUUUUAAGAAAACCCCAUAGCGUGCCUCUUAGAUUCAUGGGUUUCUUAAUGUGUUUUUUCCUAAGACCAGCAGUUAUACUUUAUAUAAAAGAUGUGUUGAUCCUUAUUUUUAAAUGCCAUUAAACAAAAAAAGCCUCUUUUCUUUACUCUGGACCCAGUAGCAGCACUGGUAUACAAUCGCACUGAUGACAAAAGAAAAAAAAAAGCGUAUAAAUAAUAAUAAAUGACAUGAAAUAAGAACUACAAUAAACUUGUUUGAGGACAUUUUCUAAGAAACUAUGCUUAAAUGAAGAAAAAAAAAAGACAAUAGUAAACAGAACAGUUUUUUUGUACAUCAGAAAAAAAAGUUGAUUCUUUAAAAAAAAAAAUAUUUUGGAUCUAGUUUCUAAAUUAUUUUAGUGGUUUUCUACGUUCUGGAACUUUGAGCUGAGUUUUGGACGCACGACUUGCUGACUGUCGAUUCCGAUUUUGUGUGCAGCGUCGAUCGGCACAGCGAGCUCCGGGUUACCUGGUGUAGCCCCUCGAACCCACCGCCUCCUCGCAAUCCUUUCUAUUUCUAUUCAGUUUGGAAUUUUUUCUCUGCUUUAAUAACUUGAAAUUUUUUUUUAUGAUGAUAACUUGGAAAAAUAAACACAAAUACAUGACAGACCCUCCCCUCCCCUCCCUCCCCUCCCCUCCCCUCCCCUCCCCUGUAGAACUAGAACCUCCUCUUCCUCCUCACCUGAAUUUGCUCUUUAUUGUGUGAAGAAACUUGAAACGGGCAUUUAUUAAAGAUUGAGGAUAUGACUCGAAGUAAAAAAUAUAUAUAAUAAAGAAAAAAGGAGGAAAAAAACAGAAAAAAGACAAAAAUCCUUUUUUUAAAAACCUGUGCGUUGGGGGGGAGGGGGACUCGUAUCUCGAUGGAUUAUCAGUGGGUAUGUGAGCUGUGGCGAUGAUGUAGUUUUAAACCUUGUUAUUACCUUUUAAAUCAUUUAUCCAAUAAAAUAUUCUGAAAGAACAAA